CUUCACAUAUAAAAGCUGGUGUUUCUCUCUCAUCUCUAUCAUUCUCCCAGUUUCACUCACACUUUAGCCACUGAAGCUCAAAUUCUCGCUGCCCAGAUCAGUGUUUUCCUCAAUUGGAAAGUUAAAUAGACAAUGGCUCAAGUCCAGACGGUGACUGGCGCCGUGGCGAGCAAUUCGCUGGGCUACACCCUGACCCAUGAGCACUUUGCGUUGGAUUUCACGCACUUCCACUGCGAUCCACCGCAGCCACUGGCCAGCAUCCUUCAGCAGCCAAGGAUCACGCUUGAGAAUGUGGGAUAUGUUCGCCAGUAUCCUUACUCCAGCGCAUACAAUCUGUCCUUCAAUGACGAAGACACCAAACUGGCUGUUGAGAAGGACGUGGAAGCAUUCAAGCGCUUCGGAGGCGGAACGAUCGUGGAGAACACUUCCCACGGACUCAGUCGCAAUCUUGGGCUGAUGCACGACAUUUCCAUGGCGACUGGAGUGAAGGUUGUUGCAGGAACUGGUCACUACGUCGCCUCCAUGCAGAGCGCCUCGACUCUGGCGAUGACUGUGGAGCAACUGACGGACAUGUACUCCAAGGAGAUCAUCUCCGGCGUGGAUGUGAAUCCUAAUCUUAACAUCAAGUGUGGAUUCAUCGGUGAAGUGGGCAGCGGAUGGCCUCUUCAUGAUUUUGAGAAGAAAGCCAUCAAGGCAACUGGAGAGAUUCAAGAGGUUAUCGGAUGCGGAGUUUCUUUCCAUCCAGGAAGGAAUGAAGAAGCUCCAUUUGAGAUCAUCCGCUUGUAUCUUGAGGCAGGAGGAAAAGCCUCCAAAUGCGUCAUGUCUCAUCUGGACAGAACACUUCUCUGUGAUGAGAAACUGUUGGAAUUCGCAACUUUGGGAACUUUCACACAAUUCGACCUCUUCGGCACGGAAUGCUCUUACUAUCAGUUGAAUCCGCAAACUGAUAUGCCUUCUGAUGGCCAGAGGAUCGCCAAAGUCCUCAAACUGGUCGCUGAAGGACGUGAAAGUCAAGUCUUGAUGUCUCACGAUAUUCACACAAAGCAUCGAUUGGCUCCAUUCGGCGGUCACGGAUUCUCCCACAUCCUGAACAAUAUCCUGCCAAGGCUCAACGUGCGCGGAUUGUCGCUCGAGCAGAUCGAUCGCAUCACCAUCGAGAAUCCCAGUCUUUGGCUUCAGGGCAAGUUCUGAAGGCUUCCCGGAGAAAUCUUGCGAUGCUUUAGUGAUUUUUUAUUAGUUCUCUCGAUGCUCAAUUAAAGCCUCUU